AUGUCGCUUCUUACGAAAAUCGGGGCCAAGACUGUAUUGGGUCUUUUGAAGAUUUCGCAACUCACGGUGUGGCAUGAGCGGAGGCCGGUGUGGAGGAAGCCUGGCUGGGGUAGCGCCUCCCACCAUUUAACAGCCAUGUCAAGGCGCAACCUGGAUAAGUACUAUUCCAUAUAUAGCAGUAAACCACGCGGAGUUAUUUUUAAUCACCCCGAAGUGCAAGCCUCACUCGGCUUUCAGCCCGGUUUUAAGCGCUUAUCUCCGGAUGACCCCUCCAUGCAUGGUCCAGAUAUAACGGCAUAUGUCAGACAGGUUCGCUGA